AUGGCGAACCCGCUCGACACCGACGCCGGCUCCGAACUGUUCAGCACCUAUGAGGCCGAGCUGAAACUGAUCGAGGCCGACAUCAACCAGAAACUCGACCAGAUUCCCGAGCUGGCAGGCGAAGAGCGCAAAGCAGCCAUCCGCGGCGCAGAGAGGGCGCUUGAAGAGGGGAAAGAGCUUCUGGACCAAAUGAACCUGGAAAAAUCCAACAUUCCGACCUCGGCGAGAUCCAAGGUCAACUCACGGUUCCGAAACCACCAGAGCGACGUAGACGGCUUGAAGCGCAAAUUAAAGUCGCUAGCCGAUUCGGACCGCAAACAGCUCUUUGGCGACAGAUACACCGACGACCCAGAAGCCGGUCCCCGGGAUUUGCAACUCGAGCAGCGCCAGCAGUUGUUAUCGGGGACUGAACGAUUAGGCCGCAGCAGUGACAGGCUAAGGGAGUCGCAGCGGAUCGCGCUGGAAACGGAACAGAUCGGUGCUUCGACCCUAGCGGAUCUACACCAGCAGCGGAAUGUCAUUGAAAACACACAUCGCAAUCUGCUGCAGAGUGAGGGUUACGUGGACAGGAGCGUCAAGACGUUGAGGGGGAUGGCGCGUAGGUGA